AUGAUUCAGUAAUCCAACAUCUAGGCUAGAGUUAAAAAGUAAUCUAUGUUUUCUAAAAGUCAUAUCGCUGAGGAAAGCUUACCCCAAAAGAUACUAAGUGAAAUUUAGUUGGAUAGGUCCUGUUAGAAACAAAUGUUUGAAAAGUAAUAUAAUGAUGGUAUAAAUCAAGUGCACCUUGGAGAUGAAGAGAUAUCAGAAAGUAGCUUCUAAAAUAUGGGAAAUAGUUCUAAUUUAGAAUUUUAAAAUCAUAUUUCAAACAUUGAUCAUCAUAAUGCAAAAUCCAACUAUGAAGUAAAAAAAUAUAAUUAAGAUGAGAAUUUAGAAUAGAUUUAUUAAGAUGAUUAUCAAAAAGUAAAUUUAGAAAACUAAAAUUAAUCAUAGCUUUUUUUGACUAGAUUCAGUACUAGUAAUAGGGCUUAAUAAGAUUUUUAGAACUAAUUUUUUUAGAAAAGUAGAAGUUAAUCACAACAUCAACAUUAAGAAAGCUAAUAAAACACAGUCUUAAAAUAAGAAAGCAAAUUAGAAAAAAGUAAUAAGGAAUCAUGGCUUAAUGAAGGACUUAUUUUUGAAAAAAAUUUAAAAGAAUUGAAUAGGCAAGUAACAAUAGCUGUUAAAAAUCAAAUUGUUUAAUAAGGUAAUUCUACAGUCUAAUCAAAAAUCUAGUAGAAUUUUUAGAAAGCUGCUAACAUUGUUAACAGACUGUUGAAUACAUCUCUGAAUAGGGUUAUGAGAAUAAGGCAACAUACAAAAAAUUUUGUGGAAUUACUCAAAAAUAGACAAAAUAACAGAAGCAUUAAAGAUCUUAAUGAGAAAGAAUAUUUAGUUAUUAACGAUUUAUCUUAUUUUUAUAAGCAGAAAAUGAAAAAAAAAUCCAACAACUUUAUUCUAAGGCAUUUAAAUUAGCUUAUUAAGUAUGGAAAGCAUAUACCUGUUUUUAUGCCUAUUGGUAUGAUUAGAGUUGUUUGGGACUUGUUUUAAGUAGUUUUUACUUACUUAUUUCUCUAUUUUUACUCCUUGCUCAUCUUUUUUGAUUAAGACAAUCCUGAUUCGGGAUUUAUCAAAAAAUUUUUUUACUAUGCAUUUUUUGUUUUUUUGGCUGACAUUGUAGUUAAUUUUAAUACAGCUUAUUUUGAUAAAGAUACUAUAAUCACUAAUCGUAAAUUGAUAGCUAAGCAAUAUAUUUUUUCUCCAAUGUUUAUAACAGAUUGUACAAGUCUAACUGUCCUUUCAGCAAAAGUGAUAUAUUAAAGCCAAACUAUUGUGUAUAACCCUAAUCAUGAUUUGUUAAGAUAUGCCUUCAAUAUUCUUAUUUUUUUGAAAGCAAAUGGUAUGUCUCCAAAAUAGCAACGCUUUCAUUAUGUCUUUACAUUAAAAGAAAAUUAAAAACACAUAAUAAAGCUAGUAAAUCAAUUAGCUAGUGUUAUCACCGUUGCACAUAUUGCUGCAAUAGGGUGGAACUUUAUUGCAAUUUAAGAACAGCUAAGUGGAUAUGAUACUAAUUGGAUAGAUAAGCUUGGAAUCUCUAAUAGACCAUAUUAUGAAAGGUAUGUUUAUUCAAUUUAUUGGUCUAUCACAACUAUGACUACAGUGGGGUAUGGAGAUAUAGCCGCUACGAAUUGGGUAGAGGCGCUUUUUAUUGCUGUAAACAUGAUUUUAUUUAGUUGUGUUUUUGCGUACUCAAUCAAUAAUAUAGGAUUUAUACUAUAGGAAAUAGAAAAAUCUUCUAAACAGCUUAAUGAUAAUAUCACUACUAUAUAAAGAUAUUUGCAGAGAAAAAAUGUAAAUAUCUUUUUAAAAAGCAGAGUAAGACACUAUUUAUCAUUCUUGGCUCAGGAAUCAAAAGAUAGAGAUAAAAAAGCUGAAGACUAAAUCAUUUCCAUUUUAUCAAAUAAGUUAAGAGAUGAAAUAACUGUUGAAAUAAAUACUAAGAUUCUUAACAAUUACAAUAUAUUUAGCUCAAACUUUUCUUCAAAUACUUUAAAGAAAUUAGUAUUUAAAAUGGAAGAAGUUCUAGUUAGCCCUAAUGAAAUUAUUUUUACAGAUGAAUAAUAUGAAGAUUUAUCAAUAUAUUUUAUUUCAAAUGGAAUAAUUGAGAUCUAUCAAUAACACUUAGCUAAAUAAGGGUAGGUUCAUGUCAUUUAAACAUUAACCGAUAAUUAAUCUUUUGGUGAACUCUCUUUUUUUUCUGGAAAUGCUAGAACAGCAUCUGCGAGAAGUGUUAAUUUAUCAACUCUAUACAGAAUUAAAAGAAAGGAUUUUAUUGAAGUAGUUAAAGAAAAUGAUGAAGAUUUCGAAAGAUUCAAAAUGAUGUAGGACUAGAUUUCAUUGCAAAAUGAAAUAUCUAUUCUUCAUACUGAAUGCUAUGUGUGUAAAUAAAGUGGGCAUAUUUCGAAGUAAUGCCCAAAAAUUCAUUAACAUUUUGAUAAAUAAUUUAUCAUUUUAAAAUAAAACUUCUCAUUAUUUUAAGAAAGGAAUUCCCAAGAGAGGAAAAAUACUCGCCGCCGCUAGAUCAAAGCUUAUAAAUUUAUAUCUAAUAAUGGAUAAUUGUGUAAUAUUUUAAAAGAAAAUCUUGAAAAUUUAAACUCACAAAUUUACUUUAUGUUCAAUACAAAUGAUAAUAUCUUAGAUUCAGAUUAUAGCAGCUGUUCUAGCGAAAAUGAUUAUGAUAACGAUGAUGAUGAAGAUGAAGAUUAAUCUUAAUCUGCUUCAUAAAGUGAUAUUUCUAGCAAUACUAGUUCUCAAAAAACUGAAAUAAAACAAAUGAAAAGUAAAAAAUAAAGCAAGAUGCUAAAAAGUAUUAAUAAAUAAAAUCCUGAAAAUUAAAUUUUUGAUAGAGAAGAGCAUGAAAUGUGGAAAAAUUAAUCAUAGUAACAAAACGAUACUUAACAAUAAAAUUUAGUAUAUGAUAAUUAAGAUCUUCUAAAAUCAUAGGCUAAAAUUUCUUAAGGGAAAUCAAACUCAUUAAAAACAACUGAUAACGAAAAUGACUUUGUAAAAUAAGACUCAAGUAGUAUUUCUAGAUAAGGUAGUAGUAAAUAAUCUGAUAAAUAAUUAAAAUAAAUGUAACCUAAAGAAAAUGGAUCUAUGAAUAACAACUAAGGUGACAAUUAUGAUAGAUUUUUAGAUGAAGAUACUUUCCAAUAAUCUUAUGAACCCGUCUCUAAAAAAAUCUUCGAUAAAAAAUCAAAUAUAAUAAAUUCAGAAGUAAUAACAGUUGACAAUGAUUAGUAAAGAGAUAUAGUAAAUAGACCAAGGUAAAACAGCUCCAAUAAGAAUAACUAUUCCUCAAAUAAAAAAUCAAUUUCAGGAGUAAAAAGACAAUCACAUUAAGCAUCACCUAAAUUAGAUCACCAUAAAGGUGGGAAAUUUGAUUAAAAAAACUCAAUAAAAAAUAUAAAUUAAUUCAUCCUCGAUAAAAAUUCUCAAUAAAAAAUGAUUGAAUAGAGAAGCUCAAUUGAAUAAAUAUUAUUAUAAGGAAUUAUUUCUAACAAUUUUAUUUCUUAAACAAAUAGAUUAUCACACUAGUUUAACAAAAACUAAGUAUAAGGUAGUUUAUCAAAUAUUUAAGAAAUUUUUGAGAAAAGUCUAAAUAAAUCUAUAAAUGAAAUAAGAAAAGUGAGUUGUAUAAAUGAAAAUUCAAAGACUUCUCAUAAUAUAAGUAGUAAAGAUGCAGGAUCUUAAAGGAUAGCAAAUACUUCUGUAAUGGAAACAUUAAAAAUCGUUGAAAAUAUUUCUAAUACUUAGAAAGCUUUAGAACCUAAUAGCAACUAAAACUAAUAACAAUAGAACUAAACUCAAACUGAUUGUAAAAGUCUUUAAGCAUAAGAAGAAGAAAAAUUAGUUGAUAGAUUUUCACGUCUUUUAUAAAAUAGCUAGAUACCUUUACUUUUAUAGUAUGCAUCUGGAAUGAGCUUUAGGGAUACAACUACUCUAAACCCAGCUAACUCUAUGGAUUACUUUGAUAGAAUUCAAUUCUUCAAGAAGUUUUUCCCUCACAAUAAUUUUGACUAAAUUAUGAGCAAACUUAAAAAUAUUUAGCAAGAGUUUAAAAGAUAAAAAAAGCGUAAAAUCACAUAAAAGGUACGUCGCCAAAAUAUUGUUAUGUAUUAAACAAGAUUUUCUGUAAUUUAAGGAACUUCUAAUGCCAUAAAAACUAUUCCUAAAGAUGUAAAUAUAGACUCAUAUAAACCUACUUAUCUCUCUUAUGGAGUUCGUAUGCAAAAAGGACAUAGCAAACAUCUAGAAUAAGAUAAUGAUGAUUGUUCAUAAAGUUAUAAUGAAAGGAUAGAUAGAUCUUGCUAAAGAUAUCUAUUUGAAAUCAAGCAACAUUAACUUGAAUAAGGGCACUAAGGUGAUUAAGAUGUAUCAGAUACUAAUUCUUUAGAUGGAUAUAGUGUAUCAAUAUAAAAUAUUAAAGGAGAAGAAACAAAUAGAUAGCUAUAAACAGAAUUACCUAUUUCAGAUCAAAGAAGUAGUGUCAUAGAGGCCAGAGAGGCUUUUCCUUGCAGUUUAUCUUAUUCGAAAAAAAUAAAUUCUAAAUUAGAUAUGUCAUCUAAUUCUGGAUCAUCAUAAAUUAUUAAAAAUAAAGAGUAUGGAGAAAUAGAUCCUUAAGAAAUGAGUUUUUUUAGGGAAAAUAUACAAAAUUAAGAUGCUACUAAUACUAAAAUUAAAAAAACAGAGAUAUCAUAAAAUUAAACUAAUAUUGUAGUUAACAAAAAUAUCUAAAUCUGCCAAAAUAAAUAUAAAAUAAGUGGAAAAGCUAGCAGAGAUAAGUCAUAAAGUUGUAAAGUAUUUAUGAAAAAUGAUAGAUAAAUAAAUGAAAAUAUAAUUUAUGAAAACAAAUUUGAUAACUUAAAUCGUGGGAAAACAGGAGCAAUAAAUAAAUUGUAAUAAAGAGCAAUAAUUACUGAGUAAAAAUAUGAGUAGAACUUUCAAAAAGCUGCAAUUUGCUGGUAUUUUAUUGGAAUUCAAGAAAUAGUAAAUAAUUAUCCUACAAAUUGGCUGGAUAAAAAUGGGAUAUCUCAACAACAUUAUUAUGAUAAAUAUAUUUAUUCUAUUUACUGGUCAAUAACAACUAUGACAACAGUUGGGUAUGGCGAUAUAGUAGCUACAAAUAGCAUUGAAGCAUUUUUUAUAGCAAUAUUCAUGAUAUUAUUUAGCUGUGUAUUUGCUUAUUCAAUCAAUAAUAUUGGUUUUAUACUUUAGGAAAUCGAAAAGUCUUCAAAAUAGUUAAAUGAUAAUAUAACUACAAUACAAAGAUAUUUAAAUAGAAAAAAUGUUAAUAUCUCUCUUAAAAGCAGGGUAAGACAUUAUUUGUCAUUUUUAGCACAAGAAUAGAAAGACAGAGAUAAAGAAUCUGAAGAUUAAAUUAUAUCUAUUCUAUCAAAUAAACUUCGGGAUGAGAUAACUAUUGAAAUUAAUUCAAGAAUUUUGAAUAACUAUCAUGUUUUUACCUCUAAUUUUUCCUAAGCAACUUUAAGAAAGUUAGUUUUUAGAAUGUAAGAGGUUUUAGUAAGUCCAAAUGAAGUUAUUUUUAGUGAUGAUUAGUAUGAUGAUUUAUCAAUUUAUUUCAUCUAAAAUGGUGUUAUAGAAAUAUACUAAUAAUCAGUAAUAAAAUAAGGAUAGACUACCGUAAUAUAAAGAUUAUCAGAAAAUCAAUUAUUUGGUGAGAUAUCAUUCUUUUCAGGUCUUUCUAGGAAAGCAUCAGCAAGAAGCACAAACUUAUCAACUCUAUAUAAAAUAAGCAGAGAGGAUUUCUUAAAAGUGUUAAGUGAAAAUGAUGAAGAUUAUUAAAAAUUUAAGAUGAUGUAAGAGUAAAUAAUAUUUCAGAACGAACUAUCUAUUAUGUACACAGAAUGCUACUUAUGUAAAUAAAUAGGUCAUAUUGCUAAAACAUGUCCAAAGACUCAUCAAUAAUUUGAUAGAUAAUUUAUUGUUUUAAAAAAUAAUAUUUCAUUUUUUUAAGAGAGAGCAGAUAACUUGAGAAAUAUAAAGAGGUUCAAACUAAAUUCAAUGUCUUAAAUUAGAAAAAAUGUGAAUUUGUGUUAAAUUCUAAAAGAAAACUUAGAAAAUUUAAAUACAGAAGUUUACUUCAUGUUUAAUACUGAAGAAAAUCUAAAUAGUUCAGAGUUUACUAGCUCAGAAAGUGAAGAAGGAGAAGAAUAUAAAGAAGAUGAGUCAAUGGUUCAGUCAUAAAAAACAAUGUAAAAAAGCUAAUCUUUAUCUAAAAGUAUAAGCUUAUCAUAAAAGAAAACUUUAAGGGGAGAUAAAAGCAGUAACAUGAGUCCAUAGAAAUUAAAUUCAAAUAAUUUUUUUAACUAAAAUGAAUAUUAUCAAAGUUAAGAGAUGUAAUAAAAUAAUAAGCAAGUUUCAAAUGCAUAAAAUAGAUAAUAAUAAGAUCUAAAUUAUAAAAAAAAUUAAUACUCUUAAAAUAAAUUUAAUUCAAUUGAAUUAAAAGAAAACUAAAUAAAUAAUUUAGUAUCAGAAAAUAGUAAUAGUAAUGGAACUUCAAAUAAUUAAACACAACAAGAAAGAGAAUAACAACAAUCUUCAAUGAGAGGCUUUUAGUCUUCUAAUUAAAAUAUAAUAGAAAUCUAAUAAGUAUAAAAUAAUGAAAAUUUUGAAUAAAACACACAUAGUCCAGUACAGUCUAAGGGUUUAAAAAAUUAAAUAUAAAAGAAUCGAAGAUUAUCUAAUUUAUAUUUAUUUAAUUUGAACAAAACAACAAAUAAAGCUGUAGAUGAAAAAAUUUUAGAUAAUAAAAUCUAAGACUUUAAAAAAUAACCGACUAUAUAAGAAAAGAUGAGUUAAGCAAUAAACCAAUAUUAAUAAUCAUUUAACAAUUCCAAAAGAUUAUUAUCAUAAACUAGCUCAAAAACAAUAAAUUUUGAUAACACCGAAUUUAGAUGUUCUAUUGAUUAAAUGCUACUCUAAAACAUGAUUGCAAACACUGUUCUAUAAGCACAUAGACAAUCCAUUAUGUAAAAAAAAUAUAGUGCUCCAUAAAGUAUUGUACAAGAUAUUAUUUAGAAAAAUUCCUACUCUAGAUCUAAAAAUGAAUUCAAUGAAGCAGAAAACAAUCCAAACAAAAAAGUGGGCUCAAACAAAUCAAUUACAGAUUUAAGAGAGGAAAAAUCAUUUAAUAAUUUACCAAACUUAAACCAAAUUUCUAUGAACAACUCUGAAAAUUUAAAUAGCAAUACCAAUGAUAAUAUCAACAAUAAUAAUGGAAGUAACAAUAAUGCUGUAAAUCAAAAGAAACUAAAUGAAAGUAAAUAAAUAAAUGAAGAUAUUUAAUUUAUUGAAAGAAUAUCUAGAUUAAUGCAAACUACUCAGCUUCCUUUACUUUUUUAGUAUACGUCUGGAUUAAGUCUUAAAGACAUCCAAACUAUGAGUAAUAGUAAUUCUAUGGAUUUUUUUGAUAAAAUGUGUAAUUUUAAGAAAUUCUUUCCUUAAAACAACUUUGAUAAAGUAAUAAAUAAGCUUAGAUUUAUGUAGCAGGAAUAAAAAAGAAUAAAGAAAAAACGGUUAAGUUAAAAGUCGAGGCGUUAGAAUAUAAUUUUUCCUGCCAACCAAACGAUUACUUCCAAUCGUAAAAUAAAUUCUGGUAAAUUGAAAUUUGAUUUAAAUUCUGAACUAUAUAAACCAACUUAUCUUUCUUAUGGAGUAGGAAUUAGAAAUGGUGUAGUAUUUCCAAAAAAUAAAUUUCAAAUUGAAUGA